AUGCAGUUGCAACGAGAUACCGGCGACGAGUUAAUAAAGAGUGGUCUGCGACAUGAGGAUGCGAGACUAGUAAAGGAAUUGGAGGAUGCGCAAUUGGACCUGGACGAUGCUGGGCGCUCUAGAAGGGAUUUGCAGCACCAGUUGAAUUUGGCACAACAGCAAUCGAAAUCCUAUAUAAUGGUCUUGAUCGAUUCAGAUGGUAUGAUCGGAAUCGAAGGAGGAAACAAAGCAGCCAACGUCCUUCGAAAUUCCAUUCUCGAACAUUGCAGAGAGCUUGCAGACGAGAUCGAACUUAUGGCCAAAGCUUCUUUAUUCGAUUUCAUCGACGUUGGACACGGAAAAGAGAGGUCUGAUUCGAAGAUUAAAGGCACGCCAACCGUCCGCGAACUCGCAGCAACCAGUCUCCGUAUACUAAAUUUCGACAAUAUAUUCCAUGCAGAAAUACUCAUCAAUCGUUUAGUUUCCUCUCCAAUGCCUUCAUCCACAUGGGCCGGCGUGACAUUUAUUGCUCCUCUCCCGCCUCCCAUCGCCUCUCCUGUCAAAGUUAAAAACGGCACCGUCAAAAUACCCACACCAGUUCCCGCCCCAGCUAAGCUAAUCAAACGACGAACCACUACCAACAAAUUGUCUAAUAUCCAUUAUCUACGAGGUCGGUGUGCUAAAGGGGAUGAGUGCUGUUUCGAGCAUCAGUAUAAAGCUACCGAGGAAGAUUUGAAAGCGAUGGCAUAUCUGGCGAGAUUGAAUCCUUGCUUGAAUGGGCAGGAUUGCGAGUUGGAGUUUUGUAUUUAUGGACAUCAUUGUCCGUCUGUUAUCAUGGGGUCGAAUGGGAAGGAACCGGUUUGUAAUGCUUUUGUGUGUCGAUUUUGGAAGGAGGACCAUCUGCCAGGCACCGUGAUCAAGCACCCGAGGAAGGAGAGGCGGGAGAAGGAAGAACGUUAUUAG